AUGUUACGCCUCUACAUUCAAUGCGUUAUUUUGACUCUCAAUAGCGACGACCUCAGCUAUAGUGCCCAUUUAAAGGCUCAGUUAUCAGAGAAUGCACUUUCUAUAAGUUCUUGUGAAAGGGUGGUCUUCCCUUCCUUUACUCCAUUACCUUUAACCCUUAACCUCAAACAACUCUUACUCAUCUCUAUUGCUCACUUAAGGCCCGCUAAUGCCAUUUCGGUCCUUCAACAUAAACUAGAUCCAUGCGAACAAACUCUCACACUACACCUCUCAAUUGAUCAUCUCCUUACUGAAAAGUCAGUCUAA